CUUGUUUUGUUGUGAUAAUGGACCGUUCCAUCUUUACCGUUCUCUUCCUUUACUUUUGUUGCCUUACCUUAUUAACGUUUCAUUUUGGCAUUUGCAUAGACUCUUCUGAGAUUCUCUGCAUUCCAAGUGAACGUGAUGCACUUCUGAGGUUCAAACAUCAUCUCAAAGAUCCUUCAAAUAGACUCUCUUCUUGGAAUGCUUCCAAUCCCAAUUGUUGCCAUUGGGAAGGAGUUGUUUGCAAUAACGUAACUGCCCACAUUCUUCAGCUUCACCUCAACACUUCUUGGAAUCCUCCCGUUGAUGGUUUUUACUUUGAGAAAUAUAUUGUAGCUGAUGACAGGUCCUUGUUUGGUGGUGAGAUAAAUCAUUCUUUGGUUGAUUUGAAGCAUUUGAGUUACUUGGACUUGAGCCGCAAUGAUUUUGGAGGUAUGCAAAUUCCUAGUUUCCUUUGUGCAAUCACAACUUUAACUUACCUUAACCUCUCAGAUGCUGGAUUCAUUGGGAACAUUCCUCAUGAAAUUGGGAAUCUCUCGAAUUUGCUGUAUCUUGACCUCAGCUAUGCUGCUGCAUAUGGAGAAAUUCCAUAUCAAAUUGGGAACCUCACGAAUUUGCUCUAUCUUGACCUUCGGAGUCAUUACUCUGAACCUCUGUUUGUUGAAAAUCUUGAUUGGCUUUCAGGUCUUUCGUACCUUCAAUAUCUUGAUUUGAGUUCUUUACGCUUGCCAGGAUGUACGCUCAAUCAUCAUAAUCAACCAUCAACAGUAAACUUCUCAUCUCUCAUCACUCUUGAUCUUUCAGAUACAAAUUAUACUGAUGGGAUUUCUCUUGUCCCAAAGUGGAUAUUUGGACUGAGGAAACUUGUUUCUCUUCAAUUGAGAGAAAAUAACAUCCAAGGUCCUAUUCCUGAUGGUAUUCAAAACCUCACACUUGUUCAAAAUCUCGAUUUGUCUUACAAUUCAUUGUCCUCUUCUAUACCUGAUUGGUUAUACGGUCUUCAUCAUCUCAAGUUCUUGAACCUAGGAUCGAAUGACUUGAGCGGGACUAUUUUUGAUGACCUGGGAAAUUUGACUUCGCUUGUUGUACUUGAUUUUUCAGUAAAUCAACUUGAAGGAAAAAUUCCAUCUUCUUUGGGUAUUUUUCAAAAUAUUUUCACAAUGGUCUUUUCCAGCAACUCAAUUCAUGGUGCACUUCCUGCAUCAUUUGGAAAACUCUCAUCAUUAAGACAUCUUCAUCUGUCAAAAAAUAAAUUCGAUGGAAAUCCAUUUGAAGUUCUUAAAUCCUUAUCUAAAUUGUCAUAUCUUAAUAUUGAUGACAAUCUUUUUCAAGGAGUUGUGAAGGAAGAUGACCUUGCAAAUCUUACGAGUUUAAAAAGGUUUUCUGCAUCAGGGAACAAUUUCACUUUAAAAGUGGGUCCCAGUUGGCAUCCUACUUUUCAGCUUAGUGCAUUGGGAAUGAACUCGUGGCAGUUAGGUCCCACCUUUCCCUCAUGGAUUCAGUCACAAAAGGAUCUUUAUUUUUUGGAAAUAUCUGACACAGGGAUUCCAAAUUCUAUUCCCACAUGGUUUUGGGAAACAAUUUCUAAUGCUUCCUAUGUAAACCUCUCUCAUAACCAUAUCCACGGUGAGCUUGCUAAUAUAUUAAAGUAUCCGAUAUCUAUCGAUACCUUUGAUCUAAGUUCAAAUAACUUACAUGGAAAAUUACCUCAUCUAUAUGUUAAUGUGAGUUGGUUAGAUCUUUCAAGAAAUUCAUUCUCUGGAUCCAUGACUGACUUCCUUUGUAGAAAACAAGACCAGCCAAUGAAAUUACAAUUUCUCAAUCUUGCAGCAAAUAAUUUGUCAGGGGAAAUACCUGAUUGUUGGAUGCUGUGGCCAAAUCUGGUGGACGUGAAUUUACAGAGCAACCAUUUUGUUGGGAACUUACCCCAAUCCAUGGGUUCCUUAGCUGAGCUAGAUUCUUUAAACAUCCGUAACAACAUGCUAUCUGGAAUAUUUCCUCCCAUUUUGGAGAGCACUGGUAAGUUGAUUUCCUUGGAUCUUGGGGAAAAUAAAUUUACAGGAAUUAUUCCCGAAUGGAUUGGACAAAGGCUCUUAAAUUUACAAAUUCUUCGCCUUCGGUCAAACAAAUUCUUGGGUCAUAUUCCUGAUCAAAUAUGUGAUAUGAUUUUUCUUAGGGAUUUGGACCUUGCACAGAACAAUUUGUCUGGAAAUAUACCAAAAUGUUUCAACCGCUUAGAUGCCAUGUUUCUAAAGAAUAGGAUUAGUACACUCCUAUGGGUGAAAGGAAGAGGUAUAGAGUACAGAAAUCUUCUUGGAAUGGUGACAAAUGUUGAUCUUUCUGAUAAUAAUUUAUCUGGAGAGAUACCCAGAGAAAUUACAAAUUUAGAUGGAUUGAUUUAUUUGAACUUGUCCAAGAAUCACUUGACUGGCCAAAUUCCGUCAAGCAUUGGCAAUAUGAGAUCAUCAGAAUCCAUUGAUUUCUCAAGAAAUCCACUUUCAGGAGAAAUCCCUUCAACCAUAUCCAACUUGAGCUUUCUUAGCAAGCUUGACUUGUCUUAUAAUCAUUUGAUGGGGAAAAUUCCAACCGGCACUCAAUUGCAAAGCUUUGAAGCAACCAACUUCGUUGGCAACAAUUUGUGUGGUCCGCCACUGCCCGUCAACUGUAGUUCCAAUCGGCAAACUCCUGAUGAUGAUCACAAUGGCAAAAAGGGUGAUGGCCAUAAAGUGAAUGGUUUUUUUGUGAGUAUGACUUUUGGAUUUAUUGUGGGAUUCUGGGCCGUGGUCGCUCCAUUGUUUAUUUAUAGAUCAUGGAGGUAUGCCUAUUUUCGUUUUCUUGAUGACAUGUGGUACAAAGUGCAAUCUUUUUGUAGAUUGUAAUUUUGUAAUGUAGUAUUACUAUUUUAUAUGUUGUGGGAAAUAAAAUUAUGAAUGUAAUAGUGAGUGCAACCAAUUAGUUUGAGACCGUAGAAAUAUAUCUAAUUAGUAUUAUUGUCUCUGUAAUUCUCCCAAUAUAAUAUCAUCAUAUUGAAUU